AUAGUUAAACUGGGACGCACAACGCCUACUUUCGGAAAAAUCCUAAAUUAAAACCGAACCCUUUUUUGAAAAAAUCUGUGGUAUUAUGAUCUGUUUGCUUUCUUUUUAAUCUUCCUUACCUUCUCAAUUUUGUUGAGCGAAAUUUCGAUCGACAGCGACUCCAAUUUUCCCUCUGCCAAAAAUGGCGAUGACUAUUGAAGUGUAAGUUGUAAUCUUUGUUGGCAAUGAUCGGCUUUUAUGAAGUUAUAAGCAAAGUGGAAUUAACUUUUUCUAUUUAUUUUCCGGAAUAUGCAGGCUUGCUGGUCUUGCUUUUAUGUUUUCAUCUAGUAUACUGUUACAAGUUCUGGCUUGUGCAUUAUACAACAACUGGUGGCCAAUGCUUUCAGCUCUUAUGUAUGUCCUGGUGCCAAUGCCUUGUUUAUUCUUUGGAGGUGGAUCGACUCAGUUUCUAACAAGCCGAGAUGGUGGGGGUUGGAUAGAUGCUGCCAAAUUCCUGACAGGAGCUUCUGCUGUUGGAAGCAUUGCAAUUCCCAUUAUUCUUAGGCAUGCUCAUAUGAUUGCAACUGGUGCAAUGUUCAUCGAAUUUACAUCGUUCAUCAUAUUUGUCUGCACCGUCUUGUGUUUUCACCGUGCUAGCCUGGAAGAUUGGUGAUAAAAGCCGUUCCUCAUAUUAUCACGGGGGGAUCUAAUCCCUCCAUUUGGUAAGGAAAUGAACGAAAACUCUUUCAUUUUGUAAAAAUCUUAAUUAAUGUGUACCUUUGACGCCAGUGUUAGCUUUACUUGUACUUGUUUU